AGAUGUGCGACAAUAAUAUCUGCAUUCGAUUAUGUUGUCCUUUCGGUAAUCGUCUGGUUAACGGAAAAUGUAUUGCUCAGCAGGGUAAAUUUAUUUUCUUGCAAAACAUAAAUAGAUAUAUUAAUAAUUCAUUGCAAAACGAAAGUAAACAGGUAGACGAACUAUUUCUUCUGAUCGCUCAUGAUCCGUGUCAAAAGACUGGACAUUAUUUACUUAGUUCCGACCAGAAUACGUUUCUCGUAAAUGGCUCUUUGUAUCUACCUUAUAACAAUACAAUCGUCGAAUCAACAUCUUAUUGCCUUGCGGUCGUGGAUUACGACAGAUUUGUUAUUAACGUUUGUUUUGAUCUUAUGGAAGAGAUCAUGAAUAAAAAUAUAAACUACAAUAAAAAUACAAUAAAUCUAAAAUCUAUAAAGUUAAAUUGGAUGUAUAUCAAAGAUAAGAAUAGUUCCACGUCGCACGAUUUGAUAAAAAAUUCCAGUAGGGAUAAUAAUAAAAACAGUAUUCCAGAUGAGAUUUGCGAUAAUAUUACUUGCAUUAGGUUAUGCUGUCCUUUCGGUAAUCGUCUGGUUAAUGGAAAAUGCAUUGCCGGACAGGGUAAUUUUAUUUUCUUACCAAACAUGUUUGAAUAUUUUAAUGAUUUGUUACAAAACGAAAAUAAAAGCGUAGACAAUCUUUUUCUUCUGGUCGUUCACGAUUCCUGUCAGAAGAUUGGACAGCCAUUCUCCGUUACAUUCUCAAAUAAGAACAUGUUUUUCGUUAAUGGCUCUUUAUAUCUACAUUCGUACGACACAAUUAUUGAAUCAACAUCUUAUUGCCUCGCUAAGGUGGCUCCUCAAGGCAGAUUUAAUGUGAAUAUUUGUUUUAAGAUUAAGAGCAAGAUCAUAGAUUACACUAAAAGUGUAUUUGUUCCGACACGAAAAGUAUCGGGCAAGUAUCAAACAAGUACGGUCGUAUAUAUAUGCGGCUUUUGAGCGACUCUACUAUUUUCGUUGGUAAUGUUUAUAGUGUACUCCAUAGUACCAGAGCUCCGUAAUAUACACGGUUUCAGAUUGUGUAGAUACAGCAGUUCGAUAGUCAUUAUGAAAACAGUCGAAUUGGUAGAGAUAUUCAACAGAAGGG